GUGAGGACACGUGUCUGUGCUAGGCCAGGUGCCAGGUCACCGUUUGCUGCUGCUUUUGAAGAGCUCUGCAGCCCCAUUUCGGGUGUACUCCCAUGAAUAAACAGAUAAAUCUUCCCCUCCCUUGCAGUCACCUGCUGAGCGAGAUGGCCUCGCUGAGCGUAAAGCCGGGCCAGCGGUUCACCCUGCCGGACUGGCAGAACAACGCCCACCGCAUCUCGGCCGAUGCCGAACACCAGCGUUCUACUUCCCACCACAUCCGGCAGGAAGCACGAGCUCUCCGCAACGACACCGGCAACCAGGCGAGAUGGGAUGAGUGUGACACCCGAACCCGCCUGAAGGAUCGUAUUACCAGCGUGGACAGAUGGAGAGAGGUCCUGGCCAAAUGCCUCACAGACAUAGACUUGGAAAUCGAUGCCUUAACCAAAGUGAAGGAUGCAGCAGAAGAUGCUCUCCAGGCAAAGAAUUUGUGUUUGGAUGUUGCCAUCGAGUGCCUGACGUUCCGCGAGAGCCGCCGCGACAUCGAUGUGGUGAGGGACCCUGUGGAGGAGGAGCUGCACAGGGAGGUGAAGGUGAUCGAGAAGACCAAGAAGGAGCUGCAGCAGCGAGUGGACGAAGCCUUCAAACAGCUCUGCCUCCUGAAGGAAACUCGGCAGCAGCUGAGCUGUGACCACCGGCACAAGGUGGAGGCGCUGGAACUGGAUCGGCAGUGCUUGUCCUUCAACGUCACCUCCGGCAACAUCUCCUUCAAGGUCAACCCAACGCGGAUCCCAGACGGAACAACUGCACUUCGUGAGUGGGAACUGAACAGCCAGUGCAACAAGGAUCGUGCUGAUGCAGAAAUGAAAGCCUCGAUCGAUCUCCGAGGAGCCAUCAUGCUCACCAUUGCCCAGACAAACAAUGAGCUGGAGGCUCAGCGGAUAGCGACGGAGUUUGCCCUGAGGAAGAGGAUUAGAGACAUGGAAGGAGCCCUUAGUGAACUGAGAUGGCAGGAGAAGAACACCUUGGAGGAAAUUGCUGAGAUGGAGGAGGAGAUCCGGCAGCUGGAGGAAGAUCUCCGGAAGAGAACGCUGGAUCUCAAAGUGGCUCACACCCGCCUGGAGACCCGCACGUACCGGCCCCACGUGGAGCUCUGCCGGGACCAGGCGCAGUUCGGGCUGACAGGGGAGGUGCAGGACCUGGAGGCGGCGAUCCGAGCGCUCCAGCAGAAGAGGACAGAGUCACAGAACGCCUUGGACGCUCUUUACAGACAACUUCACCGCAUCCAGACCGACAUUGGCUACAAAACCAACUCCCUGCAGCUGGACAACAAGUGCAUGGACACCCGGAGGAAACUCGUGAUCCCCGUGGAGAAAUUUGAUCCGGAGGUUGACGCUGUCAACCGGACCAGGAACCUCCCGAGGAACAGUCAGCUGGAGCUGGCUUAGCUUGGGAAUUGCACAAAAAACUCCCGGUGGUGACACGAUUCCAUAGAGCCAGGAGGUUGGGGGAAACAUCUGCACCUCGUUAGGAGAAUGGAAUUCUCCCCCUUCCCUGCCACACCCCCCCCCCACACCUCCCUGCUCUUCUUUUAUAAAAAAACCUCUGCCCCUUGGAUGAUGUUUACAGCGUCCCCGCGCUCCGAGGAGAUUUAUAAACAAUAAUAAAAAAAAAAGAAGAGCAGUCUGUCCCCAGUUGUCAUCCGAGUGGGAUUAAAUCCAUGUGGAUUCCAGGAUUUUUUUGGUUUUUUUAGGGCGGGUUUGCUGUCGGGCG